GGUCUCUGAGGUGCCUCCGGACUCCAAUCCUGCUGUUCUGCCACAGACCGCCCCGGCUCUCCCCUCAGCCUCCGCUCCUGAACCUGAGCCGGGCGCCGCUCUCCUUCCCGCCCAACCAGGAGCCGCGCGUGGAGCCGAGCCCGCGGCCUGCCUCCUCCCCGCCUCUCCCCGCCCGCUCCCCUCAGCUUCGGGUGUGUGGCGGCGCCAGCCGAGCAUGACCUUGGGGCGGUGCGGAGGAGGCCGCGCGGCCGGCCUGGGACGCACCUCAGCGGGAUGAACUCGCGGCUGCGGCCGUGGCGGGAGGCCGCCACGGUGGUGCUGGCGGCGGGCGGCGGCGGCGAGGCCUCGGGCGGGCGCGCGGCCUUCGACUACGAGGUGCUGCUGCUGCGGCGGAGCCCGCGCAGCGCCUUCAUGCCCAGCGCCCACGUCUUCCCGGGCGGCGUGGCCGACGCGGCCGACUUCUCGCCCGAGUGGCUGCCGCUGCUGCCGGCGCCCCCGCCGGCGGUGAGGGCGGGCGGGCCCCCGCGGCCGCCGCUCUUCGCCGCCGAGCGCCCGGAGCUGGGCUCGCCGCUGCCGGGGGAGGUGGCCUUCCGCAUCUGCGCCAUCCGGGAGACCUUCGAGGAGGCCGGCGUGCUGCUGCUGGCGCCCGCCGACCAGGGCCGCCCCGCGCCCGGCCGCCCGGCCCGCUUGCUCCCGGCAGGGCGCCUCCCGCCGGCCGCGGAGCUGGGCGAGUGGCGGCGGCGGGUGCAGCGGCAGCCGGGCGCCUUCCUGCAGCUCUGCCGCCACCUGCGCUGCGCCCCCAACAUCUGGGCGCUGCACGAGUGGAGCGACUGGCUGACCCCCGCGGGCCGCGCCGGGCGAGGCGGCCGCCGCUACGACACCGCCUUCUACCUCUGCUGCCUGGGCCAGCGCCCGCCGCCCGCCUCGCACGACCAGCAGGAGGUCACCGCCUACCAGUGGACAAAACCCCCGGAAGCUAUCGAACUCUUUAAGUCUCAAGACAUCUGGAUACCUCCUCCUCAGUUUUACGAACUAUGCAGACUCUGCAACUUCCCAUUGCUUCAUGAUCUCCAUAAAUUUGGCUUUGAACGAGCUUUAGAGGGAUGUGAACGGUGGAUGCCGGUUUUGUUGAUUGCUUCAGAUGGCUACAUGCAGCUAUUACCAGGCGAUGAACUAUAUCCCGAAGAUCCAGAUUUUACAGGAGAAAGAAAACCAAUGUUGACAACAAAUAAAAAGAUUGAAGAUGUCUUGAAAGAGGCCGCUAGACUUCACCGGAUAGUGAUACAAGACCUUAAUAAUGUUGCAAUUCAUGUGAAUGUCCAACCCAAAUACAAACAUAUCAAUCCGCUGCCGCUGAACACAAAAACGGGAAACAAUAGCAGAUUAUAAUAUUGUUUUUACCAUUGACAUUUCUAAAAUAGUUUACAUAUUCUUUAUUUUAAACUAGCACAUGAGAGUUGCCAGUUUCCCAGGGAGUUUCAGAUCUUGCCAGAGAACAUAUAUUUUGGGAGCAGCAACAACUAAAAGUUUCUUGUGCCAUUUUAUAUACCUCAGGCCUGAUAUCAGUGAUCUAAAGCUUCAGUCUGAAUAAUUAUUUCUCUCUUUGAAAUUAUGUGCAAAUGUGCCAAAUCUGGAGUGCAGACAUCUGUCUGCUAAGAACUUGACCUUAAUCUACACAUUCAUGAAUUUAGGACAUUGACGAGCCCGUAGGACAUUUCUGGACUGUGACCAACCUUGGCCAUUUGUCAAUUCCAAGUUGAGCUGAAGUCUGAUAUUAAUAUAGCUCAACAUUUUGGAACGAUCCCAUUUUUCUCAUUCAAAAGAUAGAUGCCCAAUUUUUAAAAUAUUUCUUCAAAGUAAAACCCACUGAAUUGCCUUCAAAUAUAUGUGCUUAGAUUUGUAGAUACAUGCUACAAUCCUAUAGUUGAUUAUUAUCAAUUACAUUUAAUUCAGAAGUUUUACUUCUGGGAAAUACUUUCUGGGCACAUUAACAUUAGCGCUGUCAAAACUUAUGCAAUUGUACAUGGGGCUUUCAGGUUUUAUAUUUUGGAAUGUCAAUUGUGCAUUUAAAUGACCUGUGUUUGCUAACUAUUUAUCUCAAAAAUAAAUAUUUUCAGCAACCUUG